GAACCGGAAGUUGGUCCAAGUGAAUAUAAUGAUGUACUGUUUGACUGACCCUUUUGAGUGACUGAUUGAAUACAAAGCUCUGAACGACUGGAGAAUAUAAGAUUUAACGUCCCUGAUUCUUCUAAAAGAUUCUUAGUUGGGUUGGAAUCUUAGAAAUUGACUGUACUAAGUAUUGCGCAAGUCACUUAAGUCAAGCUGUUUAACUCAUUAUACGGCUAUAAGAAUGGAGUCAAACAUGAGGAUUGAGAAUAUUUUCAACUCAAGUUCUUCGGCGCCACCAACGCUAUCAACGAACCAGUCAAGAUGCGAAUUACCACUCGAGAUGGCGUUCACCAUGUUCGUCCUCAACAUCGUGGUAGGAUUUUUUGGCACGUGGGGGAACAUUUUAGUAUGUGUCUCAGUGAUGAUAACCCCCAGUCUACAACGAAUCUCCAACUACUUUAUUUGUAGUCUUGCAGUGGCUGAUUUGUCCAUCAAUCUUAUUGAUCAGCCAUUGUUAGUCGUGAUGCUGUGGGGAAGAUCGAAAAGUCUCUGUUUCCCGCAAGUGGAGCUUGCUUUUCGUAUCGUAGGUAACGUGUCGUGUGCGGUAUCUCUGGUCACGCUUUGCUUUAUCAGUAUUGAUCGGUGUGUUUCGAUCACCAAACCUUUCAAUUACCAGUCAAUCAUCACUCCAACCAAGUUCUACAUUAUGUUAGUGGCUUCCUGGGUUCUUCCUGGAGUCUAUACGUACAUCAGAAUCGAUGUGAGCAAGAAAAUUACGUCCUACGUAACAGUUGGCUUAUUUGGUAGCAGUUACAUUCUCCUGGCAGUUUGUUAUUUGCUCAUUUUCAUCCAGAUUAAGAAACAAGGACGAGAAAGAUGCAACCUUGCUGCAUACAGGGAAGGUCCGUCGCAGGCUUCGCAAGCUUUAGAGAGAAGGCUCGCCGUCACCAUAGCGAUGAUCAUCGCGGUAUUCACUGUAGCAUGGAUACCUAUAUUCUAUUUACGCGUCACGGCUCCCAAGAAAAAUUACGGAGUUCUCUACGACUGGGCAAGGACUAUCGCCUUGAGUUCAUCGGCUGUGAAUCCAGCGCUCUACUGCUUAAGGAAUGAUGAAUACAGAAAGGCUUUCGCAAAAAUCCUCAGAUUUAUUUUCUGUUGCAGUAAAAGGAAAAGCGCACAGAUUGAAAACCACAACCGUGCGCCUACUCGACGCACAGAAUCGACGAGGUUUACUCCUAAUGAAAACGCAAAGUAGCGGAAAUUCGACAGCGCGCGUUUGAUACUUAAAAUGUUUGAUCAAGAGAGUGCCCUUUUAUUAUUAGAUGAGGUUAGUAAUGGUUUUAUUCGCCAAAUGAAAAUAUUGACCGAAACUCUUAGAACUUUGGGUGGUGAUACCUAGAAUGUUUGAUCAAGAGAGUGCCCUUCCAUUUUAAAAGAGGUUAGGUCAGUGAACGUUAUUUGAUCGCCGAACGAAAAUAUUGACUGAAACUCUUAGAACUUUGGGUGUUGAUACUUAGAAUGUUUGAUCAAGAGAGUGCCCUUCCAUUUUAACACAGCUGAGGUUAGCUAACGUUAUUUGAUCGCAGGACGAAAAUAUUGACUGAAAACAUUUAGAACUUUGAGCUCCUUCAAGUGUUUGCCAAGAUUUUUGCCAGAUGACCUUAGACUUAUUCACAAGCUUGAAAGAGGUAAAUGGAGGUCCAAAACCGUUAGGAUUGCUUGGGUAAUUCUAGACACUUGAAUUGCGGUUCGUUUCCAGGAAUCCGAACGGGAUGUUCAAGCCAAUCAAAAGGGCAAAUUAGUGCAUGGUAAAUAUUAUAGAGUGCAUAGCAUAUAUCCUUGAAAUCUUUGUAAAAAAACUACACAAAGAAAUUAGUAAGUCCAGUAGACCUCAGCAGACUGUUGACCUACAAAACUUUGCACUAAUUUGUACAACUUUGUUAUUUUCAAGGAUAUAUGGUAUUCACUCUGUGCGCACUGUAAAUAGCAGAGUAGUUAUAAUCUUUAAGUCUAAAAAUUAAAGUUCUUGAUGCACUGUCGAAACUGUGAGCUAAGAUUCAGUGCGCCACAGCAAUGCAAGUUAAACAGUYAGAGGUGGUAAGAUGAUAUGCAAUUUCUUGCCAACAUCUUUUUUUUUUGCAAAACAAGGUCCACUACUAGAGAAUAGCUCUACCUUAACUUUAACUUAAUUUUCUCAAAAGAUUCGCU